UCACGGCGCGGCGGCGGCGCGCGGAGGUCACGGGGCGCGCGGGGCGAUGGCGGCGGCCGGAGGGUGCCGGAAAUGUCUCCUCAGUGGGCUGUGGCUGCUCUCCAGGCGUUAUCCCAUCCCUGCCUUCCCCAGGAGUGCCCUGCACCGGAUCUGCAGCCCUGCCCUGGGCACCCCUCAGUCCAGAUGCUACUCCUCGGGAGGAAGGAAGGGAUUCAUCUCAGGUUUCGUGGAGAACAUCAAACAGGAGUUAGCCAAAAACAAAGAGAUGAAGGAAAGCAUCAAAAAAUUCCGAGAUGAAGCGAAGAAGCUGGAGGAGUCGGAUGCUCUGCGGGAAGCCAGGAGGAAAUAUAAAACCAUUGAAUCUGAAACAGUGAAGACCUCAGAAGUGAUUAAAAAGAAACUUGAAGAAAUAACAGGGACGGUCAAGGAGAGUUUGGACGAGGUCAGCAAGAGUGACCUGGGCAGGAAGAUCAAGGAGGGGGUGGAGGAAGCUGCCAAAACAGCCAAGCAGUCUGCAGAGUCUGUGACCAGGGGAGGGGAGAAGCUGGGCAGGACUGCAGCCUUCAAAGCCAUCUCCCAGGGAGUGGAAAGUGUGAAGAAGGAGAUCGAUGAGAGCGUUUUGGGGCAGACUGGUCCCUACAGGCGCCCGGAGCGGCUCCGGAAGCGGACGGAAUAUUCUGGAGAGAGGAUCAAGGAGCAGCGAGUGUUUGAAGCCAACGAGGAAGCCAUGGGCAUGGUGCUGCAUAAAGACUCCAAGUGGUACCAGCAGUGGAAAGAUUUCAAGGACAACAACGUGGUUUUCAACAGGUUCUUUGAGAUGAAGAUGAAGUACGACGAGAGCGACAACGCCUUCAUCCGAGCGUCGCGCGCCGUCACCGACCGCGUCACCGACCUGAUCGGGGGGUUGUUCUCCAAGACGGAGCUGUCCCAGGUGCUGACCGAGAUCCUGCGGGUGGAUCCCUCCUUCGACAAGGAUCGCUUCCUGAGGCAGUGUGAGCGGGACAUCAUCCCCAACGUCCUGGAGGCUCUGAUCUCCGGGGAGCUCGACAUCCUCAAGGACUGGUGCUAUGAGGCCACCUACAGCCAGCUGGCCCAUCCCAUCCAGCAGGCCAAGGCCUUGGGGCUCCAGUUCCACUCCAGGAUCCUGGACAUCGACAACAUCGACCUGGCCAUGGGGAAGAUGAUGGAGCAGGGGCCCGUGCUGAUCAUCACCUUCCAGGCCCAGGUGGUGAUGGUGAUCAAGAACCACCUGGGGGAGGUGGUGGAAGGGGACCCGGACAAGGUGCUGAGGAUGCUCUACGUGUGGGCCCUGUGCCGGGACCAGGACGAGCUGAACCCCUACAUGGCCUGGAGGCUGCUGGACAUUUCCUCCUCCAGCACGGAGCAGGUGCUCUGAGCAGGGCUGGGCUGGGCCCUUCCCACCCUCUGGAAGCAGCUCCAGCCUGGAAACCCCCGGGAGCAGCCCAGGCUGGGGGUCUGGGAGAGCUCCUGAUCCCUGAGGAAUGGGAAUCCCUGCUUGGGGACAUCUGGGACGAGAGCUGCUGCUCCAUGCUGGUGCCUCAGAGGCUCCUGGGCAGCUGGAACCCCCCAGAGCUGUCCUUCCUACCUGCUGGCACCCUUGGAGAUCCCUGGAGAUCCUUGGAGGGGCUCCUGGCUGCCCAUCUCCUGCCCAGGCUCCAGCCUCGUGUCCCUGCCGUGUCUUGCACUUUCCCAAACCAAAUACAACCAGGACUUUGCACAUGGAGCUGUUGGAUCCUCAGGUUGGUGGUGGGCUGGGGCUGACACCUGAACAUCCAGGGCGAGGUGGGUUUGUUUUGGGAGGGGGAAUGUUGGUUCUGGUCACAGGGAGCCACGGCUGCAUCCCUCGGGGUGCUGGGGAGGGGUGGGACAGGAGGGGGAGGGCAGGGGGAGUGGGACAGCUUUGGGAACGCUGAGUUUUCCUGUCCCACUGCCAGGAGGAAAGCUGUGCUCCUUGCUCAGCUCUCUGGCCUUGUCUGCUCCUCGUCCCUGCACAGAUCCCAGUCCAGGAGCAGAAACUUCCCCAGUUUGCUGCUGGAGCGUGGGGUGGAUCCCAGUCUAAAAAAUGGGGUUUGGAAAUCCCAAAUCAAGGAAAAAAAUCCCCAAGGUCAGGUUCCAGUGGCAGCACUCAGUGGGGUUUGGGGCCCUCUCCUUCUUGAGCUUCUUUCUGCUGGGAGGAAGAGCAGGGGGUGGCUGAGGGGGAGCAGAAAUUGUGGGAUUGGGCUUCUGGAGGGGUUUGGGAGCUGAGCCAGGGCCCAGGCACCCCCUGCCCAUGGAAAGGGAGCUUGGGAAAAGGUUUGGAGGGGAAAUCCAAGGAUUGCUGUGCUGCUGAGGGUGAGGCAGGAGAGCUCUGCCCUGCCAGAGUGAUUAAAGAGAAUAAUUCCA